AAGACUGGCAUUACAAAAGAUCAUCCUGACGUUAAAUUUUAAAUAUCCACCCUGGAUCCAUUAUUACUCAACAAAGACGACGGACACACGCUGGUUCCCAUGGAGCCUAACCUCUCCGGGUCUUUCCUCUUCAACAACCAGUUCCCAUCAGACAUCAAGGCACCCAUGUGUCAGUACUCAGUGCCCAACACCUUUUACAAGCUUGGCCCAACCAACCUGAAUGCCCAACUGCAGCCGGGCACACCACACGGCAUCACAGACAUUUUGGGGCGCUCUUUAGUUGGGGCCCCUGCUAACACCACGUUAUUAUCGGGCUACUCUAGCAUGGGAGGAUUCAGUGGCACCAUGCCUGCCCCGGGUGUUUAUUAUAAUCGGGAUUACACUCCAGCGGCACUGGGAGCUUUUCCCAAACCCAGUGAGUGCCCAGUGGUGAAGGGACGCAGCAGCUGCUGGGUGGAGGGAAACUAUGACUGGAGAGGGGCGAGACAACAGUGCAGCAACAUAGAAGGUGGCCAUUCUGGUGAGACGGUGGGCAGAAAGAAACACACGAGACCCACUUUCAGUGGGCACCAGAUUUUUGCCUUGGAGAAGACCUUUGAGCAGACAAAGUACCUUGCAGGACCAGAGAGAGCAAGGCUGGCAUACUCACUGGGCAUGACUGAGUCGCAGGUCAAGGUAUGGUUCCAGAACCGGCGCACAAAGUGGCGUAAAAAGAGUGCCUCGGAGCCGAGCUCCACUCAGGCGUCCAGAGCCGACAGACAGGACGGUUCAGACAACGAGCUGGAAGACGAAGAGUACUACAAACCCCUCGACCCUGAUUCGGAUGACGAGAAGAUCCGUCUGCUGUUGCGCAAACAUCGCCGGGCCUUUUCGGUCCUGCGCCUGGGACCACAUCCUGUCUGACUAAAACACACGCCACUCUAGUCACACACAUACUCAUGUACACAUGUAUAUGCCAUAAUGCUGCAUACUGACACACGGUCAUAAAUACAGAUGCAGACACAUGCAUUUGAUACAAUAUCACACCUUAUACUGAAUUAUGGAUUGCAGAAAUUACAAUGUGCAACAUACCAAGAGGUUCUCACAUUACUGUUUUAUUAAUGUAUAUACAAUUCAAGAUUAAGUCUAUUAUUUAUUAAAUUUGACCUUACAAUGGCGCUAAAUUUAAGAGAUAUUGUGGUAACACUUAGGGUUAUAUAUAUAGGGCUGCAUAAUAAUUAUGUAAACCCUUUGU